AUGCCGUAUCGCAUUACAAAAAGAAGAGAAAAGAUGAAACUCUUGGUGCUUUGCGCUAUCUCCCUCGUUCUUGCUCUUCAUGCUGGUCUCGCAGCAUCAGAAGAAGUUGAGGACGAGAGCGAAUUCAACUACGAUGCGGGGAGCAAGAGAGGUCCGGCUAGGUGGGGAGACAUCAGGAAGGAAUGGGGGAUGUGCAGGAAUGGAUCGAUGCAGUCGCCAGUCGAUCUCUCAAGCGAGAAGGUUCAAGUGGUGGCCCAUUUGGGAAGACUGAACAGGAGCUAUGAAGCCUCCAAUGCCACGCUUAAGAACAGGGGACAUGACAUCAUGUUGAGGUGGGAAGGAGGUGCAGGAUCCAUUUAUGUGAACGGAACCCAGUAUUUGCUGAAGCAAUGCCAUUGGCACUCGCCCUCCGAGCAUGCCGUUAAUGGCAGAAGGUUCGAUCUUGAGCUACACAUGGUUCACGAAAGCCCCAAAGGCGAAGUUGCUGUGAUAGGAGCCAUGUACAAGUUGGGCCAACCCGAUACUUUCCUGUCAUCGAUGGCGAACCAUGUAGAAUGGAUCUCUGGUACCCAUGAAGUCCAGAGAGCCAUCGGUAUAGUGAACCCGAACCGCAUAAAGAUUGGAUGCAGGAAGUACUACAGAUACGUGGGCUCUCUUACGGUGCCUCCCUGCACUCAAAAUGUUAUCUGGACCAUUGUUCAAAAGGUGAGAACUGUUUCAAGAAAGCAAGUGAAGUUACUGCGUGAAGCUGUCCACGACGACUCUGAAUUCAACGCCAGGCCAUUGCAACCCAUGAACAGGCGGCCAGUGCAGCUAUUUAGUCCAACCGACAGCAAACUAGAAAGCGAGAAUCCGUGAUUUCGCUGUUUACGCCCUCACUAGUGGACGACACAGAGCUUUCAGUGACAGCAUGAUGUAAUUGACGGAGGAUAAAAUAGUUGCAGAAAUUGGUUAAUGGAUUCUUAAUCAUAUAUGAGAGUGACCGGAGAUCUUGUUCCCCUAGUGUAUGCUCAUAGGUUUCUCGGUUUAUCAUUACCCCCAGUUACCAUGA